GCCUUCCUUAUAAACGACAAGACCAAACUAGCAAGAGCAGCAGCGUUCAGAGUUUGGAAAAUUCAGACUUGAGCUAGAACCAGAGGAACACCAAACACGCACGCGCCCACCCCCCGAAACGGAGAGAACUGACCCCGCAGAGAAGAUGGCCGGCGAGAUGAGCUGGGUGGGCAAGAAGAUCCACCUCUACAACGUCACCAUGGGCCUCUACAUGCUCGAUUGGUGGGAGCGGUGCCUAUUCAACAUAUUGGUGCUGAUCCUGCUCUGGUUCGUCUGCUUCAAUGGCUCCCGCUUCGCUUCCGACGUCUUCGAAAGCCACCUGAAGGCGCGGAUUUUCCAAGGCUCAAAUUACGGCCUGGCAAUUGGCACGCCCUCCUCAUAGGCCUUCAGCGCAACACACAGAAGCAGCGAAAUCUGCUGGUUCUGGAAUGUUAACUAGUUCCCACAAACUUUAGCGCUGUCGUGAUGUGUAUGAUGUGGUUCCAAUAUGUAAGAUUUUUUUUACAGUUAUUCUCUUUAUUUUCUUGUUUUGUGUUUGAUUACACGAUAUCACACCCUGAACUCUACUGUAAUUAAAAACCAUUUUCUUGGUA